UGAACGAAAUGCCAUCUGCAUUAAUAAAUAAUUCGAGAGUCCCUCCUGUACACAUUUUGAACGUAUUCUAGCCGGUAAUUGUUAUGAUUCGAAGAAUUCUGUCCAACGUUUUCGAAACGACCGUACAAAAUGAAGGCGUCGUUCAUCAUAAACCGUUCACGAAAACGGAAACGAUUCCCUUUGAGUGGUUAACUAAUGUGGCCCCGUGUUUUCCAGUCAAAUCUUCGAACAUUAGCAUAUUGAACGGUCCCCAUCAAUUCUACGACGUCUUACUUCGGUAUAGUGAGACUGCCAGCGAGAGGAUAACGCUGGCAAGUUUGUAUUUUGGUAACGGAAAGUUGGAGAAGGAAAUCGUUGAGAGGAUUAUGUCGAAUAUCAAUUUUAAAGAGAAGAAAAUGAAUGUAAAUAUACUGUUGGAUUAUACCAGGGGUAGUAGGUAUUCAGAUAAUUCUAGAACGGCUCUCUUGCCAUUGCUAAAACAGAACAGUGAAAAUUGUCGAAUAUCUCUAUACCACACUCCUGUCUUGAGGGGUGUUCUAAAGAAGGUAUUGCCCCAUAGGUGGAAUGAGCUACUUGGACUUCAACAUAUGAAACUUUACAUAUUCGAUGAUACCCUUCUAAUAAGUGGAGCCAAUUUAUCUAAUGAUUAUUUCACCAAUAGACAAGAUAGAUACUUUCUCAUUAAGGAUAAGAAAAUUUGUAAUUUUUAUAGCGGCUUAAUCCAAAGAGUACAAAUGUUCAGUUUUGCAAUGGACAGUAACAAUAAUAUCAAUUUGAACAGCAAAUGGCAAGUAUCACCUUUCGAGGGAGACAAAAAAAGAUUUGUUGAAGAGGCUGGAGAGUUGGUAGAUAGCUAUCUCUUGGAAGCUAAAGAGGAACAGAAUAGCCAUAAAACCGAAGGAAAUGAUACUUGGAUUUUUCCCUUGGUGCAAAUGGGACAGUUAGGAGUUGAGCAAGAUGCUCUAGUAACUGAGAAACUAAUGAGAAAAGCUCCUUCCAAUUCUAAAUUGAAAAUUGCUACUGGUUAUUUUAACCUCACACAGGACUAUAUGAAUAAUUUAAUUCAUAACACUGAGGCAGAUUGUGAUAUUCUGAUGGCACAUCCCAAGGCUAAUGGAUUUUUAGGGGCCAAAGGUAUAGCUGGAGACAUACCUUAUGCCUAUUGCCUGAUCGCUCAGAAAUUCAAAAAAAAAUUUAAAAAAUUCGGACAAGAGGAAAGAAUAUCGUUGAUUGAAUACCUGAGGGAUGGUUGGACAUAUCAUGGGAAAGGUUUAUGGUAUUACCCACCUAACGCUAAAUAUCCUUGUUUAACUCUGAUAGGUUCACCCAACUUUGGGGAACGAUCAGUCAAAAGAGAUCUAGAAACACAACUUGCAAUAUUAACUGAAAAUGAGGAAUUACAGCGGAAGAUGCACGAGGAAUGCCAAAGCUUGUACAAGUUUGGGUUGCCAAUGGAGGAGAAUAGGGCUGUUCCCAAAUGGGUACAUGGUUUUGUGUACAUUUUCCGUACUUAUUUUUGAGGAAUUUAAGUUUUAUGGGAAGUUUUCUUCACUAAGUCAACAAUGGAGAUUUUAUUAAAAAAAUUGUUCUGAAUCCUUCUAGGUGUGGUGCAGCGGUGGAUUAAUAUUUUGACUUAUGUAAUUUCAGUGCCUCAUAUCAUUGUGAACACAAAAAAACUGGUUGAUGAACUUGAGACCAAUUUUUUCAACACCACAUUGCUUUAAUCGGUGAUAUCAGAUUGUUCCUUUUCUGGACAGAAAUAUAUUUGUUAUACAUUCGAAGAUACUCCGGCUGGUUUUCGGUUAAAUGUUGUUUUAUUAUUUUUGCAUUUAAUUGUUGAAAUGUGUUGUUAUUCUUAAAAUUAUUUCAGUAAAACUAUUACGUAAAUGAAAGGUAUUUAUUAUCAUCCAAAAUGAAAUGUUGAUGAAUUAAAGUCUUGGAAACCCUGGAAAACAGAAGGAACUAUUAUUGAUGGAAUAUUAUGAUUUCACUAUUAUAGAACGGAUGGUUAUUGAAACUGGAGAGGUCUCCAUGUUCUCCGUAGAUACAACAAUGGAGGGCACCAGACUCAUGACACUUGACGCUGAAGAUACUUGAUCCAUCUCGGACUCACUGGGCACCUUGGUUUCAGUUGUUGGUUUGGGUUUGAUGACAUGCACACUGGCUACUUCACUCACGUUCAUGGAUUUUUCUCCGUCGUAUUCCAGCAGUUUGGUUAUGAUACCGGUUGGGAACGAUUUUAGUUUGGUCAAGAACGUGACGUUUUGUGUGUCAAACUGAAAAAGGGAAACGCAAGUUGCGGGAAUCAUCUUAUCCUGGCAAGCCAAGAUGGACUUAAUCACACAAUAAAAUUAUUUUAAGUUUUAUGAAGACUAUGUAAAAAAAAAUAAAUAUCGAUUGUUUAA